CCCUCGGCCCGCCUCUGCGCCGGCACAGCGGGCUCUGCGCCGCUGCCCGCCUCCCGCCCCGGGGGCCUGGGCUGGGAGCGGGCGGAGGGAGGAGCCGCGCAGCAUGGGAGCGGCGGGAGCGCGUAGAUGGGCCGGGCCGGUAGCCACUACCGGGCAGUAGCCCACUACCGGGGCAGACCAGAAAAACCGCGGGCAUUGCGGCUCUGAGUGAAGGGGGCGUUACAGGCAGAAGCCUCCUCUCGGCAUUCUCCUCGUUCCGAGCGCUACCGGUAAAUUGCUUUAUAGGGGGUGAUAGAUGUGAUUUGUGGUACAUCAUCUAAUGAAAUCAUGGCCAAGUCAAAAGGUGCUUCACAGGGACUUCACAGCGACAGGGGCGCCUGUCCACUGCUGUUUAGUGUGCGCCCCUGCCGCGCGUAUACAUCGUAUUCUGUCACGAUGGGGUGACAGUUGUCCCUGCAGUGUGAGCGAGCCCCUCUGUCCUGCCCCGGCGUGGCUGGCAAGCUGAGGCCACUGGUGCCCAGCCCAGCGCUCUCCGCGGAGCUCAGCCCCACCACCGCGCCCGCGCCGCAGGAGCCAAGGGGCAGCAGCGCCGCAUCCCCGCUGGAGAAGGAGGGAGGCCAGUCCCUGGGCAUCCUCGCAGCAUCAUGACUCUCGAGGCUGACUUUAACACUGCUGCAGAAGAUGUAAAAAAAUUAAAAACAAGGCCAACUGAUGAAGAACUGAAGGAACUGUACGGAUUAUACAAACAGGCUACUGUUGGAGAUAUUAAUAUUGAAUGUCCAGGAACGCUAGAUUUGAAAGCCAAAGCCAAAUGGGAGGCAUGGAACCUGAAAAAAGGCUUAUCAAAGGAGGAUGCCAUGAAAGCCUAUAUCUCUAAAGUAAAAGAAAUGGUAGAAAAAUAUGGGAUCUAGAAUAUUCAAAAUAAUUCCCACUAACAACUAACCCUUCAGUAGCUAAUGAACUAACUCUGUUGAGAAAAAUGCAAUACUAACUCCUUAACUCCUUAUUGUGUAGUCUGACAGUAAAAUCUUUUAAGCAUAAGCUGUUUGACUGUAAAAGGUAUUUGCAUACCUACUCUAUAUUUUAGAUUGUAUCUUAUUCUAAAUAAAUUUAAACCUAAUAAAUUAA